GUUGAGCUGAGCGCAGCGGGCGCGCAACAACACACGGGCGCCAAACAAGAGGAGGACGAAGGAGAAGAAGGAGGAGGACGAGGACGAGAAGGAGGAGGAGGAGGUAGAAACAGAAGAACACCAACAACAACUAGACAACUACGCACACAGCAACAGCAACAGCAGCAGCAGCAGCAGAAACACGACCCACAAGGGGAGGACGAGCAGCGAAGUUGGCUCUUCCACAGGACAAGGCGCCUUUCUACACAACACACAACACACACAACACACAUAACACACACACACACUUACACAAAACAUCCUCUCUCCCCCCUCCAUCUGUGCCUUCCUCAGCCGACUUUCGCCCCCCCUCCCUCCUUCAAUGCCACACGCCAUGAACAAGUACAAGGUGGUGGGCGUGAUCGGGGAGGGCGCAUAUGGCGUCGUGCUCAAGUGCAUCGACACAAACACCAACAAGUACGUGGCCAUCAAGAAGUUCAAGGAGUGCGACGACCCGGAGAUCGAGGCCACCACCCUGCGCGAGCUGAAGAUGCUCAAGCACCUCAAGCACCCAAACAUCGUACAGCUCCUGGAGGCCUUUCGCAGAAAACACAAGCUCAUCCUCGUGUUUGAGUACGUCAAGUGCAACCUGCUCGAGUUCCUGGACCAGUACCCGGGCGGCAUGGACGAAGGGGAGGUGCUCAACUUCACCUUCCAGCUGCUGCUCGGCAUCCACUGGUGCCACGUCCACAACGUCAUCCACCGCGACAUCAAGCCCGAGAACAUCCUCGUCUCCAACAGCCACCAGAUCAAGCUGUGCGACUUUGGGUUUGCGCGAAAGGCCGCUCCGGACGGCGCCGGGCAGACCACAUAUGUGGCCACGCGCUGGUACCGCCCGCCAGAGCUGCUCGUCGGCAUGCCGUACUCGUUUGCCGUCGACAUCUGGGCCAUCGCCUGCAUCAUGGCGGAGAUGGCGGAUGGGCAGCCGCUGUUCCCGGGCGACAGCGACCUGGACCAGCUAGCCAAGAUCCAGCUUGUGCUUGGUCCGCUCCCGCGCUGUCUUCGCCAAUACCUCGGCGCCCACCCGUCGCUGCGAAAGGUGCGCAUCCAGAACGCGCGGGCAAAGGAGACGCUUCGCUUCCGCUACAACGGCAUCCUCUCGGACGCGUGCAUCGGGUUUAUGGAGCUGCUGCUGGACAUGGACCCCAAGAACAGGCUGGACGCGUACCAGAGCAAGCAGGCUGCCAUCUUCGACGGUGUUCGCUUCCUCGAGCCGCCAGACCAGCAGCAGUACCGCGGGUGCGUUGCGUCGCUCCCCUCACACGCGCCAUCGUCCGCAUCAGCAUCAUUCACCACCUCCGCAUCCCGCCUGCCAACACGCGCUGCCGCUGGUGUUGUCGCAGCGCCACCGUCGUCGUCGUCGUCAACAUCGUUUGCGUAUCCCAUCACAGACGCCCCUGCACCUUCAUCUGGUGCCACAUCAACAUCCAUGCACACAUCCGCGCGCGCACAGUCGCAGUCGCAGUCGCAAUUGCACUCCCGGAGAAGUAGCGGCAGCGUCACGAGCUUGAAGACAACACGCCGCCAGAAGCAACAACAACAACAGCAGCAGCAACAAGUACACAAACAGCAGCACCAAUCACAACAGCCGCAACCGCUGCGAAAAGGAUCAAAGUCGCGGCUGCGGCGGAAGAGCAACAGCAACGGCAGCAGCGAUGCGAGCGCCACGAGUGCAUCGGCCACAAGUACAGCAAGCAACAGCGGGCAACGCGGUGGUGGUGGCGGGAAGAAGCGCACGCAACAGAAACAAAAGCAGAGGCAGAGGAGGAAGAGCAGGGACAGCAUCGCUGAUGGCGGCAGUGGCGGCAGUGGUGGUGGUGGUGGUGGCGUGACCAAGGGCAAGGCUCGUGCUCGCGGUGUGAAGGACACACAACAACAACAACAACAACAACAACAACAACAACAACAACAACAACAACAACAACAACAACAACAACAACAACAACAACAACAACAACAACAACAACAGCAGCAGCAGCAGCAGCAGCAGCAGCAAGUGGUGGACGGAAAACGGCGGGGACUGGCGCGAUGGACGCGCGGAUGGGGCGGAGGACGAGAGAAGCGACGAAGUAGAAAGGAGAAGGAGAAGGAGUUGAAGGAAAAGCAGAUGAAAGAAGUGAAGCAGAUGAAAGAAGUGAAGGAACUGGAGGCGAAAGACACGACGGAGAAAGACACAACGGAGGAUGAGAGGAAGGAAGGCAAUGACGAGAAGCACGAAAAGACUGAUGGUUUAGCACCCGCACUUGACGAUGGCGAUGAUAAUGGCCUUGGUGAUGGUGGUGGUGAUGCAACGCACAGCACCCGUGACGUGGCUGCCGUCACCUCUCCCUCUGAGCAGCAGCAACAGGAGCAAGAGGAGAAGAAGAAUGACGAGCAACAGCAACAGCCGAGCGAACAGGCCGCUGCCGCAGCACAUGUGUCCAUUCCUCGCCCUACAGCCUGCGCUCCCACUACCAGCACGAAGACGGGCGCAACGGGCAAUACCAAGGCCACCAAGCCGCCGGCAUCGCCUGGCAGCGUUGAUGCCGGGGCUGAAGGGGCUGCCCAUCGCGGUGGUGACGCGAAGAUCGACAGCAUCAGCUCUGGCGGUGGCAGUGGUCGUCGUGGUCCCAGGGUGAAGCCUCUUCGUCGACAGGUGUCAUCAUCGUCACCGUUCCAGCGACAGUUGAUGCAAGGGCAAGCCGGCAACAUAACAGCAACAGCGACAUCAGUUGCCACACCAACGUCAGUUGCCACACCUGCCACAUCCGUUACGACAGCAUCAACGACGCCGCCACCGCCAUUGGUACAAGCGCCUCUGAUACGGCGACCAUCGCUCGCAUCCAACCCGAUCACUGCCAUCAACGGCAGCAGCAGCGGUGGCGGUGGUGGCGUUGUUCCACCAGUUCCACGUCCGUUAAUUCGCAGGAACAGCUCCCAACCGCAGUUACAGCAGCAACAACAACAGCAGCAGCAGCAGCAACAAGCGGUUGGUGGAGGGCUACUGUCACCACGCCACCAGCCAUCAUCCUCAUCAUCAUCAUCGGUCUCCUCAGUCGUGCCUGCGCCUGUCAACGGAACCAACACCAACAGCAGCACCAACGGUGAUGGUGCGAUGCAAUCCCAUGCAGAUGCUGCUGCCAACAUGGCCGCCUAUCAGGUGAACACUCCGCAUGGCGUCAUGCACGUCCAUCCGCCCACACCAAACACGUCCACACAGCAGCAGCAGCAGCCACAGCAGCAGCAUGUGUCGUUGCCGGCGCGGCAGCAGCUUGCAUACAGCGACGGCGUGUAUGCGCUGCGACCGCAACUCCGGCCGCGUCUGCCAUCCCUGCACCACCACCAACAACACCAACAACAGCAGCAGCAACACCAGUCACACCUGCUUGGAGCCCACCAACUUAAUCACCCAUUGCAGAUGCAGCAGCCACCAGUGCUGCAGCGGCCGCCGUCGCAGCCAGCUGUGCCUGCAUCUUGGAGUUUGCCUGCAAGCACGACGGGGAUGAUGGGAGGUGGCGUUCCGUACAUGGCGGUGUUUGACGCAAGCGGACAGCAGUAUCUCGUGCCCAUGACGGCAAUGGUUCCCAACCAGGCCGUCGUCAGUGUCGCAGACCACCACCAGCACCAGCACCAACCCCAACAGCAGCCAUACCACUACCAGUACCACCAGCACCACCAGCAGCCAGCACAGGGUGCGUCACUGUCAUCACCCCAGAUGAAGACACCCCCGCCUGCCGUCCCACCCGUCCCUGUUGCCGCCCCGUCACUACAGCGCCAGCGCAGCAGCAGCAGCAACCCGCUUCUCAUUCCAGUGCCGGUUGCAGCCGUCGCGCCCUCAUCCCCAGGUGCAACUUCACCACAACCACCGCAGCCACAUGUUCAGCAGCCCCCGGCGCCAUCAACAUCAACAUCAACAGCACCCCCAACACCCGUUACCGCCACCAACACCGCCACCAGCACCAACGCGUCGUCCGUUGCACCACCCGCCAGCAACGGCGCGAGCAGUCACAACAGCAGCAUGUCUGAGCUGCCCGACAUUCGCUACCGGCCCACGUCGUCCACGGGGUUUAGCGGCCAUCCCCACCGCCAUCGCCGCGCUUCGAGCACAGCCUCCAUAUCCGGCGGUGGUGGUGGUGAUGGCCGACGGGGCGCACGCAGGGCGCGCUGA